GGCUAGGGAGUCAGAGAGUUCAGAGUUCCCAGAUGUUGUGAAAGCAGCAUUAAUAUUAGGGGCGUUUUCACAUUAUGGAUCUUUUCACAGGUGGUGAGGAUUCUGUGCCACCCACAAAAUGAAUAUCUUCAGGAUUAGAAAAGGUUUUCUAACCACCGUUCUACUCUGCUUCACUACUAUAGUUGUGUUUUAUUCUGGACAGCAAUCCUCCAAUUCACUUGUGGAUUUUGUUACAAAUGCCCUUCGGCCGCUAGACGGGAUCUUCUCUCCACAGCCGGACGAUGACCCAUGGUUUCAGAAGUGCUUCAUCAGAUCUAUCAAACCAUUUCUGACGAGAGAGAACAAGAAACUCUCCAAUGAUACCAGAACGUGGUGGCGGGUAGGCUAUAUAUUUUUUAUUUAUUAACAUAUAUAUUUUCCAUUAUGUUAAAACAAAAAGGCAUAACAAACAUUGGAUAAAUAAAAUCAUUUAUAGCGCAAGUCCAAUGCAUUCAGUAAUAGGCCUAUCAUUUAUUGAAUUUAUAGCCUAUACACAGACCCUAGCAACAACAAACAGCCUACUAUGCUUGUUGAGUCAACUGUUAAAAGAGAACCAAUUAGAAAAAUAAGACACCGUCCACCCCAUCUCACCAGAGUAGCCUGUGGCGGGAAAUGAUUGAUUAUUCAAAACUUUAUUGCACUAGCUUACCCCAUCUGUAAAGAACAACCCCACUGGGCACCGACAUCAUUUCAACAUCAACUUUUGAUUUACAUUUUGGUUGAGCUGUCAACUAACGUGAAAUCAACCAUACAUUAAACCAUGUCAUUGGAUUUAGGUUAAAAGUUGGGUGAAGAAGACGACAUUCCCUUACAUUAAUGACUUUAUGCAAAUCCAAUCAAUUUUCCAUGUUGAUUCAAGGUCAUCAUAUAGAUUUGUUUUGUUGAAAUUAUGUGGAAACAACAUUUAUUCAAACAGUUUUUGUCCAGUGGGAUUGAUCAACUGUCACAGUAGCCUCCAAUGUAGAUUAGCCUAUUAACGUUCCUGUUGCUCAAUGAAUGUCCCAAACACUCACUACCACUAUACAUUGAAAUGUUCAUUAUUUUCUUAAGGUAAGCACCUUUUUUAAUAGCCUACUGUUGCAUGUUUAUUUUCUCAUGAGGUGUUUAUAUGAGGGAGUUUAAUUCAGAAUGAACUUUUAUUGGAUUGGGUUUAGGCUGUGUGAAUGAGUGAGCCCUUCACUACAAGGGCAUUGUUUUAAUGUAUUGCUUAUCUAUUGGACAAAACAAGUUGUAUGCAGAAUUCCUUUCAUUUUAACCAUUCAUCAUUCCAGGCAAUACUAUAGCUACAAUGUCAAUUGUGCCUCUUCCCUGUUAAUUGGGUGUGCAUCCUGAUUGGCUGGUUAAUUGAACACUGUCCCUCUGACCCAAUUAUUGAAUGAACUGGUGUGUUAUUGCUUGACAGAUCAUUGUGGGUGUAAGGUGGCUGCAUUUAGAAAGGCAGCCCAAUUCAUAUUUUUUUUUUACUAAUUAGUCUUUUGACCAAUCAGUUUAGCGCCGAAAAAGAUCUGAUGUGAAAUUAUCCGAUUUUAUUGGUCAAACUACACAGUGGAACAAAGAUCAGAAUUGGGCUGCCUGUGUGAAUGAAGCCUGGUUUUGCUUGGUUUAUCCUGGCCUUUUAUUUCACACUUUACUUCUGUUUGUUUUUAAGCCUUUUAAAGUGAUUGCGUAAGGCCAGCUCCUUCACAGGCUGCAAUACAAGCGUGGUCACUGACAACUGACUAACUGAUUGCUAUUGUAGUCAACAAUAACCUGUUUUUCUGGACAGGGACAAUGACCAAUCCAAACAUAAGUCUCAGUAUACUGAGAAAUGAUGCAUUGCACCAGAUUUAACAGCUCAUUUCCCUCUGCAGGUGAACAUGAAAACAUGAUAUACAAUCACACAAUAUGCGUACAUCAGAUUUGACUAGUGUGUGAGGGUUUGGGCUGAUGUAAUCUGCUUUGUGCUGCUUGACCAUUGUUCUGUAUUUAUUGGUGUUUUAUGUCUUGGCUGGCGCAAUCAAAUAAAGUACCAUCUUAUCACCAGAAAAUGCAGAAUGACCGUAGCACAGCCAACUUCAGUGAGGUGGUGGAGAAGUUGUUCCAGGUCAUCCCCGAUGCUGACCUCUACCCUGAGCGCCAUGGGACCUGUGCUGUGGUGGGGAACUCUGGGAACCUCAAACGCUCCCACUAUGGAGCCGUCAUCGACUCCAGUGACGUCAUCAUAAGGUAGGCCAACAGAGGGUGUUGACAGAGGGCGUCCCUUGCCACAAAGCCUGGUUUAGCAUUGGCAGUGCCAUUGAAGACUUAUGCCAUUUUGAAUUAGUCAACUGGGUGGGACUUCCUAUGGGUUAAGGAAGGAUCACAGGAUUCCAUACGGCAGGGCAGUGCGCAGACCUUUUAGGGGGCAGGUGCUCAAAAUGGGGAAAAAAAGGGCACCCACCGGUAACUGCCCGUCUUUCUGCUGCGCGUCGGCGAUCAGCCAACCAGGCCGAAUAUUAUGUAAAUCAAACGUUAUGCUGCUGUGGCAGCACUGUUGACAUUUUAAACUAGGUAGCUUACGACACACACUCAACUGGUGACCGCAUCUCAAACCAUGCACGUUUGGCUCCGUACAGGGCAGACCAGGGGUCGGGGUGGUGAACUUGAAGAUGUCACAUCAACUUGGGGGGGGCAGUGUGUUCAGAACAACAAUGACAAAACAAUAUAAUUUAUACCACCACCCAAAAGGCCACUUGGCAAGUGGGAGGGAAAAGGGACAGGUCCUCAGGCACAGGUAGAACCCUAUCUGUGUACGUGCCUGCCAACCACGUCAGCAGGAGGGAUCAGCCAAUUCAUUAACGGCUAUGUCCCAAUUAUCCCCACUAGCUCAAAGUGUGCACUUGUUCACUUCCCUUCCCUGAUUUGGAAAGGAAAUGACUAUAUAAGAAAUAUGGUGGAACUCCCACUAGCUAACCCAGGCCUCCACCAAUCCAAUGCUUUUAGAUGUGUGGGAAGUAGGGAACGACUGUACGCUCCAGUAGAAAGGAGCAAACCUUCCAUAGCUGCAGGUGGCAGUAAAUCACCAACCUUGGCUUUAUGCCUGUACACACAGCACCACUCCAGAUAGAGGUAUGCACCAUUUGUUUGUUUACUGACUGCCAAUAAACUCAUAGAAGUUGAAGAAGAAAUCAACUACUUAAAAUAAAGAGAGCCCUCAAUGGCGCUACCCAUGCGGCCACUAUGAGCUUUGAAAUAUUGCAGUCAUGGUAUGAAUUCCUGCUGUGUUGUCCAGAAUGAACAUGGCUCUUACCUCUGGCUAUGAGGAGGAUGUUGGGAACCGGACCACGUAUCACGUCAUGUACCCAGAGAGUGCCAUAGAUCUGGAGAACGCCACUAGGUUCCUGCUGAUCCCUUUCAAGACACUCGACCUUCAGUGGCUACCAGGCGCCGUGACCACUGGGACUAACAUCACUUUGUGAGUAACAACUUAUUGUGGACUCUUCUGAUUAGUUAUAACAGUGUUUCUCAACACCGGUCCUCCAGUUCCCCCAGCGGCACAUGUUUGUAUCCCCAGACAAAAACACCUGAUUCAACUAAUUGAGGGCUUGAUGAUUAGUUGAAUCAGGUGUGCUUGUCCAGGGGCUACAACAAACAUGUGUGCUGUUGGGGGGGACUGGAGUGGGAAACACCAUGCAUUUUUCUAAGAUAACAUAGCUAGCACUUCCUAGAUGAAAUUAAGUCUUAUUUUAUUCAACAGCUCAUAUUUACCUCUUAGACAGAAGAUAAAGGCCAACAAAGAUUUGGUGAGUCACCUUGUUAAUUUAUUAUGGUUAUAAUACAGCUACAGAGUCAAUGACAUCUAAUUCAUGAUCUUUUAUACUGUCUCUUGGAAUUGAGGAUGUGUGGUAUGGGCAGAGCCAUGUAAAUAUAAAAACACUUUUUUUAAACAAACAGUUAAAUAUAUGGGGGGGGUCAAUGUUUUUACAGGUGGUUUUCUAACAAAGGAAGUGGUGAUGUCAGACAUAAUUUAAAUGUUUAGUCAUUUAGCAGAUGCUCUUAUCCAGAGCAACUUAGUUCGUGAGUGCAUACAUUUUCAUACUGGUCCCCCGUGGGAAUCGAACCCACAACCCUGGCGUUGCAAGCGUAGUGCUCUACCAACUGAGCUACACGGGACAUUUGUAUUAUUAUUUGCCUAAGGGCAAAUCUGUCAUUACAAGUCAUAGUUUGAGACGGCAUCAGAGUGGGAGUGUAUUAAAAGUGCAUAAUUGCAUCCGAUCUCGGACACAAUAUCAAUCUAACAAAGUUACUUCUCAAAUUUGAUGCAUCACAAUAGACAUCAUUCCUAUUUUUCUAAUUCAAUCAGGUUGAUAGACAUGUAAUGUGCAAUGUAUUCCAUGCAGGUAUUGGUUCUGAAUCCUGUGUUUAUGAAAUAUGUUCAUGAAUCCUGGCUUGACAAUCAAGGAAAAUACCCCUCCACCGGAUUCAUGGCUUUGAUAUUGGCCCUACACAUCUGUGACGAGGUACGACCGAUAGAUAUCAACAGAUACAACAACACCUCAAGGCACAACGCGGGCUGUAAAGAGAGACACUCUAACACGCAGUAAUGUUGUGGUUAUCAAUCAAUCAAUCACAUUUUAUUUAUAAAGCCCUUUUUACAUCCGCAGAUGUACAGAAACCCAGCCUAAAACCCCAAACAGCAAGCAAUGCAGAUGUAGAAGCACGGUGACUAGGAAAAAACUCCCUAGAAAGGCAGAAACCUAGAGAGGAACCAGGCUCUGAGGGGUGGCCAGUCCCGGGUGGAGAUUAUAACACUACAUGGCCAUUAAGGCCAGAUUUUUCUCCAAUAUGUUCAUAGAUGACCAGCAGGGUCAAAUAAUAAUCACAGUGGUUGUAGAGGUUGCAACAGGUCAGUACAUCAAGAGUAAAUGUCACUUGGCUUUUCAUAGCUGGGCAUUUAGAGGUUGAAAUACCAGGUGCGGUAGAGAGAGAGAGAGAGAGAGAGAGUUGAAAAUGGCAGGUCUGGGACAAGGUAGCACGUCCGGUGAACAGGUCAGGGUUCCAUAGCUGCAGGCACUGUGGAUUUUAUAUUGUACAUUAGUAAUAUUAGAGUAAUAAUAUCUUCAAUUAGGCAGCUAAUGAGGAUCCUAAUAAAUACUAAAUAUCAACACGCUCUGCUAGGAAUGUAGAUAGGAGUGUACUUUCUCACCUCCCUACACACUGUGUACUACACACGAUACACACUGUGUACUACACACAAUACACACUGUAUACAAUACACACUGUAUACUACACACUGUGUACUACACAUGAUACACACUGUAUACUACACACAAUUGCAGUGCAGGAAACCAACCCUGACACCUAAUGGAUUUACAUAGCAUAGCUCUGACAAUAUGUGGUAUCGUCACACAUUACUGGCCCAAAUCAUGUAGGUGUAUAGGCUGCGUACACAAUAUACCACAUUGCCAUAAAUAAAACCUUUUGGUAAACAUUUAUUAAACUAACUCUCUAAACACUUAUUUCCAAUGCAGGUGAAUGUGUAUGGAUUUGGGGAAGACAGAGAUGGGAACUGGCACCACUACUGGGAAACCCUAACCAAUAGAAAACUCAGAACUGGACUACACAAUGGAAGCUAUGAGUACAACGUCACCGUGAAGCUCUCGGAAAUACACAAACUACAGAUACAUAAGGGAUUUCACUAA